UUUUCAGUCGACCCCGUGCAUCGCGGUAUGCCGGCCGCAACGAGCCACAUCGUCGCGCCUCCGCGUGAAUCUGUCAAUUGGCCGUCAGGAUCAGUCAAUCACUGAGCGAAUCACUUGUCCCCAAUUAAUUCCAAAUAAAUUCCCAAAAAAAAAAUAAAUAAAGCCAAGUGACUAGAUCCACUUGAUCAAUCGGAGUACCUCAUAAUCACUGGUUUGCUCCGAUAAAUCCCCCGAUGUAAAGGUGCAAUGACCCACUGUGCAGUGAGUGUGUAAUGCAUAGAGUGUGUUUCCACUUGAUUAACCAUCAGUGAGUUAGGAAAUUAACUAAAUUCAAAUAAUCCGCAACAAACAGGUCCACGCAUUUGACUGCAAUUUCGAUUUAACUUGUUGAGUGUUCGCGCGUUAAAGCCCAUCAAAAUGCAUCAAAAGCCCACUAUAAUUAUCGCACUGAUAAUCCUAAGCCUCGGUACAGUGGAAAUGCGUGAUUUGCGAGAAGUGCGAAAUGAUCCAUUGAUCGUUGAAACAACUACUGGACUUGUGCGUGGAUUAUCACGAUCUGUCCUGGAUCACGAUGUACACGUUUAUCUCGGUAUACCGUUUGCGAAGCCACCUAUUGGUCCGCUCAGAUUUCGCAAACCAUUGCCCAUUGAACCAUGGCACGGUAUUCUGAAUGCAACAAGCCAACCGAACAGCUGUUUUCAAGAGCGUUACGAGUAUUUUUCGGGUUUUGAAGGUGAAGAGAUGUGGAAUCCAAAUACAAAUGUCUCCGAGGAUUGUCUGUACCUGAAUAUUUGGGUACCCCAGAAGCUCAGACUCAGGCAUAAAGAGGCACCUGGUGGUGGUGGAAUGGAGAAAAAAGGAAUGCCACUGCUUGUUUGGAUUUAUGGUGGUGGUUAUAUGAGUGGUACAGCAACACUUGACGUUUAUGAUGCUAAUUUUAUGGCCGCUAGUAGCAAUGUUAUCAUAGCAUCGAUGCAGUAUCGAGUUGGUGCCUUUGGAUUUCUUUAUUUGAAUAAACAUUUUGGUAAUAGUGAGGAGGCACCGGGGAAUAUGGGCCUCUGGGAUCAGGCGAUGGCGCUGAAGUGGCUCAAGGACAAUGCCAAGGCAUUUGGUGGUGAUCCUGAUGCUAUAACGAUUUUUGGUGAAUCUGCUGGUGGUGGAUCGGUAUCGCUCCAUCUACUUUCCCCGGUGACGAGGGGCCUUGUACGACGGGGGAUAUUACAGAGUGGGACUCUCAAUGCUCCUUGGAGCUUCAUGACUGGAGAGAAGGCCAAUGAGGUGGCCAGGGUGCUGGUUGAUGACUGUGGAUGUAAUUCCACAAUGCUUGGUGAGAAUCCAGCGAGGGUCAUGGCGUGCAUGAGGUCUGUCGAUGCUAAGAGUAUAUCGGUACAGCAGUGGAAUAGCUACUGGGGUAUUCUGGGAUUUCCAUCGGCACCUACUAUUGAUGGAGUCUUCCUGCCCAAACAUCCUAUUGAUCUUCUGAAGGAGGCGGAUUUCGAGGAUACGGAGAUACUCAUUGGGAAUAAUCAGAAUGAGGGCACAUAUUUUAUUCUUUACGACUUCAUAGACUACUUCGAUAAGGAUCAGCCGAGUUCUCUUGAGCGGGAUAAAUUCCUCCAAAUCAUAAACACGAUAUUCAAAAAUAUGUCCGAAGUUGAGAGGGAAGCGAUAGCAUUCCAGUAUACCGAUUGGGAGCAGCCCAAGGAUGGCUUUCGAUAUCAGAAGGCAGUCGCUGAUGCCGUUGGUGAUUACUUCUUCAUUUGUCCGUCCACUCAUUUCGCUCAACUGUUUGCUGACAGGGGGAUGAAGGUGUAUUACUAUUUCUUCACUCAUAGAUCGAGCACAAAUUUGUGGGGCAAGUGGAUGGGUGUCAUUCACGGCGAUGAGGUCGAAUACGUAUUUGGUCAUCCGCUCAACAUGUCCCUGAAGUACGAGGAGAAGGAACGUGAACUCUCCAUGAAAAUGAUUUUAACCUACUCGAAUUUCGCAUUUUCAGGGAAGCCAACCGAGGGAGACGAUUGGCCAGCAUAUACACGCGACGAGCCAAAGUAUUACAUCUUCAAUGGUAACGAGACUGGAAAAUUGGGGGUAGGACCGAGAUCAACGGGAUGCGCGUUCUGGAAUGAAUUUCUACCCCGAUUGGAGGGUGUACCAGAUCGGACGCCCGAGGCUUGUAAUGGAGCUGUUGCCUCGAGUGUAUCAGCUGGCGCUGAUGAGCUUCGUGCUGCUGCACUGUUGCUGGUAAGCUUGCUAACCAUCAGCGGCAUCAUCUAGGGCCCUCCAUGAAGCCAGAUAUGGAUGCAACGAAUGGUCAAACAACUUGGUGAAACAACCCGAGAGAACAAAGACACAAAUGUCUGUAAAUCACUGUGGGACACAAAACGACUGGGACUAUCACUCGCUGAUGAUACGUAGGUGCUGAUGGAAUUGGAGAAUACCUAGAAAAUGUAGCUUAGGCGGUAAUUAUAAAUCAGGUCCCCCCUCCCCGUGUAAAGAGUUUAAAUAAAUUAAAAGAAUAAAUAGUGUCAGGUGUGAUUUUGAGGUGACGAUGAAAUGAUACUAAAACCGUGACACGAGAGAUAUUUUUCACGAUGCCUAAUUUUCUUAUGUGAACAGACAUAAAUGAAAAAAAAAAAAACGUAUGUUCUGAGCAUAUUGAGAGGCGGCGGUGGAUGGUGACAGAUAUAUAUGGAGUUAAUGAAUGACUCGCGUCGUAAAACUUGAAUCUUCCAUUUGGUACAUAUCACCUAUACAUACAUUGAAAGAUAUUAAAAACACGAAAUACAUUAUUAAAUAUACAUAUAGCAUUAAAUUGUGAAUGAAUAAGAUGAUGCAUAAAUUCGUAAAUACGUUAGGGUUAAGUGAAUUUUAAGUGAAACAAGAAUAGAUAAAUAAAUAGAUUACGAAUUUGGUGUUGAAUUUAUCCGUAGGAUGAAUCAUCACUGAUUUGACGAUGAAAUGAUUAAAGAUAUAUAUUAAAAAUUAUAUUGCGCCGAUGUUCAAAAGACGGCGUGGACAAACGAUUUAGGGUAGAUUAGAGUGAUUAUGAUUAACGAGAGAGAUUUAAAUUAUUUUAUACGUAAAUUAUUGUUUCACACCGAUUCUUGCCUCGGCUUUCUGUCUCACCGAUGUCAUCAGUGAAUUUUAACGAAAUAAAUACAGACUCUUAACGUCAACUCGAGGCUGAAUUGAAACACCAGACGUAUGCCGAGGCUGGACCUCGGCUUAUCGAUUAACAGGAAAAAUAUAAUUAAAUUUAAUGAGAGAAGGAGAUGAGGGGAUAUAUGUGCAACAGAAUAGAAAAUGUUUUAAUGGUUCUAUUGGGUCAUUUUGAUUGAUUCAUUAGUCAAGCAUGUUAAAAGUGAAAAUAAUUGAUUAGAUAGCGACCAGGCACCGGUAGGUUUAAUGAAAAUUGAGUAGAUUUAAGGGAAGAGACAUUUGUGUACGCUUGUUAGGUCUAGUAAGGAUGAUAAAUGAGAUAAACUAAAUCAGUGUAAUGAGGAAAUGAAUCAUUCUUUUUGGUACCUAUGGCAUUUAGUGAUUAAGACACCUCAUGUCCGCCUUCAUUUUCCUCGCACACACAUAUCAUUAGUCUUUCGGUUAAUUACCGAAGCAUCCAUCGAUGUUCUAUUAUAUAAGUGGGGAAAGAAUAAUAUUGCAGCAAGAAAUAUGGCUUGGAGACGUUGUUGUUGUUGUUAUUGUUGUUGUUCACAGUGCCUGGACGCGUGGCAUAUGAAAGAGAAUGAGAAAUGAGAGUGUGAGGUCUCAGUGAGGAAAAUCCUCUCGAACAGUUUUUGACUGUAGAACAAUAUUUUGAUCAUCAUAAAUUCACAAUUUGAUCAUUAUAAGUUCUAGUUAUCAUUAGUGUGAUGUACAUUGUAAUCACAUCAGACUGAUGCAUGACUUCUUCUCAUUGGUUAUUUUACAGAUAAAAAAAAUUCAAAGUCUUUUCUUUUUUCCUAAAAAAAUCUGGGUAGAGAUUCAUUAUUCUUUUUAACUGAACAAGCAAUGUAAGGAUAAUUGCUUAAUGAGAAUACAGUAGGUUCCUUUACCUCAUUAGUCAUCAUUGAAAAAUUACACGAGUACACUAGCGCUUGAUUAUAACGAGAAACUUAUUUUUGUAAUAAACUAUAGAAAAAGAAGAUACGGAGGACCUGUAUGGGUUAUUUUUGUUCCGGGUUUUAUAAUCGUAUAAAUUAUUUUGAGAAGGAUGAGAUUAUAAUGAACCUUGACAUUUUCACACCCUGCUGAUGCGUCAAUGAAUGGACAAUCAAACACUUGUGCGUAUGUUUCCCGAUUGUUUAUUUUUUUUUUCCGUGAGAAUUUUUUAAGAUGGACGAAUCCAUACGUAGAACGAGUGCUCAAAAGUGCAAACUUGUUCCCUAUCCUCCGACAUUGCGUUAGAUUCUUGGCACGUAAGUGGAUUUGCUAGUUGAAGCCCAGGACUAAAACUACUGUAACAUGUUUGCGCACUUCGGGCCAACUUGGCCUGAGGGGUUGAGUGUAGUUAAAAGAGUCAACCCUGGGUAAACGUGAAGACAUCCAAGAGUUUCUUGUCAAAUUUGUAAGGAAAAUUAGGGACAAAAUAUAUAAAUCAGAAUACUUUGUGAAUGGAUUUUUUGAUGAAAGAUCUUGAGAAUUUGAAGGGAGCCUCUGCAUGUUCGAGAUUUCAGUGGGAAUUACUAAUGAAGGGAGCGAUAUUGUAGCUGGGGGAUGCGGUUCGCUUGGGGAGAGAAUUUAAUAAUAGAGUUGACCUCUUAAAUAAAUUAUGUCAUGGGAUUUUCUAUCGUGGACUCAUGUGAUUCGAAUCAUCGUUGAUUCUCAAUCGAAUUACUUGUCCUCAGCUGAAAUUAGCAUAAUUUCUCUAGAUAAAUUAAAAUAAUUUCAUUGUAAUCGCAGAUUACCCCAAAAAUUAAAAAGAUUCUCUUCAGAUAUCGAGGUCUUUCCAGAAAUUCUGCUGCAAAUCCUUCACCAGUGAAGAGGAUAAUAAAACCAACGAGCUUGUCAAAUCGGCACUUAUCGUAUUGACAGAAGCCAUGACACGGGACGCCAUUGAAUAAAAAAAAUUUUGUAUCUGUAGUUUAUUCGAUAUUUAUCGAGGCUGGGUGAAUAGCGAAACACUCUCGGUCUCGAUGCGCUAUGGGUUCCCUUUAUUACCUCUGCAACUCUAUCGCCAUUCAUAUAUUACUUUAUUUCUCAUGGGAACUUGUCGCUGAUCGCGCUCUCAAUAGUUGCUCCUUACCGAUUUCUGAGUCAAAAUGAGAAUGAUAAUAGCGAGGAAUACUUGGGGGACUAGAAAAUAAAGUCAAUGUAGCACAUAGUGAGAUUGAAAAGUGAAAAAUUGAUGUACGGUGUAUAUAGAGAGGGGAGACCAGCCCAUUGGUUGGACCCUUUCCUCAAUGAAGACACUGUAAAAACUAGUGUCUCCCGACGUCUUAAUUCAACAUAUUUUUAGUCUCAGCUGAAGACAGUUGAGGACAGCGAGGCUGUGAUGAGGAAUUAAGCUCGUUACUUACGUUGUCUCGAUUAAUGACCCUGAAAGCUUCGUACAUCGAAAACGAAUGAGGCAUCAAAAAUUUAAAGCAAAAGAUUUUCAAGUCCACUUUUCGAUGUAGGUCUCACAUUGUCGUUUCAAAAUUUCAAAGAAUUUCUUCAUUAAAAAAAUAGUGAUUUGGGGAACUUUUCUUGGAGCUAAAAAUGUGGGUUCAGAAAUAUAAAAGCGAUAGAGUAUUUUGGCUUCCGAAAGUGGCUAAAAUUUGGGAACAUCGACGUCUCUAAGGAAAGGGAAACAAUCAUCGUAACGUCAGACGCUAGUUUUUCAAGUGUGAAAAUUCACGUAAAACAAUAAAAUUAUGUAUUUCCUGUCGAGCUUGCAACAAAAUAAAAAGGGAAAAAAUAUAUGUCAAAAUGUGCAGCGUGUGUGGUAAGCUUAUUGCUGUUUUGAUCAGUCUUAGAAAAACAUUGUCGGGGCGGAUAAAGAUAAAAAUCUUGGAUAGUCCGUUCGAUCGCAUCGCCAUCAGUCUCAUGGGUAAACACGAUCAUACGAAUCUCAAAUGCACAGAUCCCGUGUUAAUAUUUCGGCUGAGGGUACUGUUUGUUGUAUUAAGGACGAACAAAUAUUGAGUGAAAAAAAAAUAAUAAACCAAUGAGCAGAAAUAAUUGGUGAUUAGUUGAUAGUUUCAUGUGCGACGCGAAUCGAACGGUCGGGACCACUUCGCGUCACCCACACCAGGUACAAUACUUAGUCAAUUAUGACGGCUUUAAAGGUCGUACCAAAACGAUCUUCGCGUGCAAUCUGACUUCUCCGGAAGUUUCGUACCUAUUUAUGUAAUUUUCCAUGUUGUUCUUUUAGAUUUCAUUUCGGUGUUUUUAUUCCGUGGACAAGUGGUGAAACCCGAUCAGGAGAAAAGUGCCCAGAGAAUACUCAGUCUACAUCGAGCAAAUGAGUUUUUACGGUCCAUUUUACCCGGGUACCUCCAGGGUAAAGGUAUAGAUUUUUUAUGAACGUGUGUUCAAGAUAAUCUAUCCGUUGGAGAGGAAAAUAAUUUUCUGCGUGGAGAAAAAAAAUUGGACAAUACUAUGCAAAAUAUUGGGCGAAUUUUAGUGCGAGAGAUGAUCUUGAGGAAAAUUUUGAAUCAGAAAAAAUACUGUUAUUAUGACAAAUGACAUUAGGUGCGGAAAUCUUUUCGUGGGAUAAUUUUCCGUAGCAUAAAUCGUGAAUCUUACAGUUUUGGUACAAAUUACGCUGACAUUCACUAAAUUGUUCCGAGUCAGCCGACAAAAUUCACUAUUCAUCUUGGACUUUUGUUUGGUAACUUUUCCCCAACUUUUUUCUUCGUGUGGUAAAACUGGCAACGGAAAUUUAUCACUGACAUUUUUAUGAAAACGACUGCUUAUCAAGAUUGAUAAAUGUAGGAGGGAAUAAGAUUCACUGGGUUUCACCACUUUGUUACUGAAUUAUACAGUCGUUCACGUAAAAAAAAUAUUCAAUAGAAAAUCCCACUGCAGCUGUUGGAAUUCUAGUCACGAUGAUUUGCAAAUGUCUCGUAUCUUUCCCGUUAAUACUCCGCAGAUCGCGCUGUGGUUCUUCGGUUUUUCAAAAAUACACAGUAGCAAUGCACAUUAUUCAUUUUCUUUCCUUCAAUUUUUUCAUCAGCGCCAAAUAAAAAACUGUCAAGAUUAGAAGAAUUGUAUUAAAAAAAUCCCAGAAUGUGUUGGAAUUUUCUAUUGACUGUUUUAUCCUCGCCUUCGCCCAAUCGACUCCUCUGCGAAUUACCGAUUUCGCCCAACUGUGGCUCAACGACAAAUAAAUCGAAGAAAAAAUAAAAUCGACGAUUGAAUGAACAUAACUGUAAUAAUAGACGUAAUUACGCCAACUGAUACGAAUUAAUCAUCUUUACCGAACUUUCCUAAUAGCUUUCCCCCGAAAUUACCCUCGAGGAGGCGUAUGGUUUCAAAGAGAUAAUUCACGUGGUAUCGCUAGGAAUAGCGAAUAAACAAUGUUUUAUUGAUAAUGUCAGCGCCCCUUUGAUCCCGUGGACAUUUUAUCCAGAAUAAUGAAUAUAAUACGUACAUGGUGAGUAUUUACAUAUUCAUCGUUGACCCGUCGUCCCAUCCCCUUAACUCUCCCACCCGUUUAUCCCCCAACCUCCACCCAAAAUUGACAAGUUUAAAGUGUAAACUAAAAUUUAUUAAAGAGAGGAAUUUAAAGCUUCGCUUUAUACUUUAAACAGAUAAUAAAAUGGACGACGUGAGAAUGGAUAAAUCUACUGUUUAGGUUAUAACUUAAAAAUUAUUAUUAUAUAAAUAAAUAUUAUGAAUGUUAACGUUGUAUGUAAUUAUUAUAUCUGGAGCUAUGUAAUAGAGAUUAAAUGUAGUUAAUAAAGUAAACGUAAUUACCACUA